AUGAAAAAGGAGGAGAAACGAGGAAAACAUCGUAGUGCAGUAAAGAUGACAUCUACGAGUGUAAAGGAGGACAAAUACCGUCCGUUAUUGCACCAAGACAUUGAGAAGAACACCAAAUGGAGAUAUGGACCUCCAAAUUAUGAAGCUGUCAACAAACUAUUUGAAGAAGGCCGAACCAAGGUAUGGCCUCCGGGUUCACUGGAAGAGAAGGUGCAGAGUAUAGUCAAACAUUGGGAAAUGGAAAUGUUCCACAAGCUGGAUUUCCAGGAGAACCGAUCAGUGGAUCCAGAGAAAUACACUUUCAGCCUAAACGGAAGUAAGGAUAUUAAUUUGGCAGAGAAAAGGAAGCUUGGUGGAGGGUACAUCCCUCUCCUGCAAACCUCUCUGCCGGAGAAACUAAGGCCAUACAAUCCAUAUGCAGAAACAGCAGAUUCAGCCCACAAGGCCUUUACCACCACGUUUCCUCGUGGCUUUGCUCUGGAGAUUCUCCAAGUCUAUUCUGGACCACCGCAGAUCGUGUACAAGUUCAGGCACUGGGGCUUCAUGGAGGGUCCCUUCAAAGGCCACGCACCCACUGGGGAGAAAAUUGAACUCUAUGGAAUGGCCAUUUUCACGUUGGAUGAGAAUUCAAAAAUAGUGAAGGUGGAGUUUUUUUAUGAUCCUGCGGAGCUUUUGGGAGGUCUCCUGAAGGGUGCUGAGUUUGAGGGCAGUGCUGAAGAUGCUGGUGCGAGCUGUCCUGUGCUCAGGAACACCGGCUAG